GCAAACUCCCUUCAACCUUGAGCAGUCCAUUCGAGCUCAAGGUGAUUGACAUUGGACAUGCACGAUUGCUCCAAUCGUAGGACACAAAUAUGUUUGCGAGGCUGCUAACACGACGAUUCCAUUUCUCUCGUACGAGGCGCUAUGUCAGGGCUCCGCCCAGGCUCAGCGCACGGCAAGCUAGCGGAUUGACUCUGAUGAGUGUUUGGGGCGCAGUACUUUCCGUGACGUUUGUCGGGUCCAAAGCGAUUCAUCUGGACAGCUCGGAAGGAGUUCCCAGCAAAAAGCCGUCCCCAUCCGCUCGGUCCCGGACAAUUUCAUAUGCGCAUCUCGAAAGUUCCGUGAACUAUUCCUCCUCGGAGAGCGAUGACGAGUCGUUACAGACAUUCUAUCCGGAUGAAGGUACAGGGAUCUACCGAUACGACACUGUGCAGUUUGUAAGCAACAAGCCGUCCGAAAACGAGCAUGCCGAAGCGAUCCUCCCAGUUCCCUCCGGACACUGGUCUUUCUUCGCGGUAUUCGACGGGCACAACGGACCAGACACCAUUGCAUUCCUCCAUGACAACCUCAUUCUCGCCACGACCGGCGCACUGGCCGAUCUAUACUCAAAUGCCGCCGAAGACCCGACAGCGUUAAAAUCGCAGGUACCGCAGCCAUCUUCCGCAGAAAUCGAGCGAACGAUCAAAGACACGUUCAAGCGACUGGACCACGACAUCGUCCACUGGGCUGCCCAGCGAGCGCUCCUGUCAAACAGCCCUUCUGUGGUUUCUAACCUGCUCGGACCUGCCCACGCAGGAUCUUGCCUCGCAUUCUACGACUCGCACAGCUACGUACUGCACACCGCGCUGACGGGGGACUCGCGCGCCGUUCUGGGUCGCCGCGCUAAGACAAAGAAUGGCGAUAUCAUCUACGAGGCGCACGCCCUCUCCGUAGAGCAGAAUGGGCACAAUCUAGCGGAGGAGUACCGACUCAAUGCCCGCCAUCCGGGAGAGGCCGUCGUGAUGAAUGGCCGCGUCCUCGGCAUGAGUCCGUCGCGCGCCUUUGGCGAUGGGAGGUACAAGUGGGAUUUGGACACCCAACGGCGGCUGAAACGGUCAUAUUUGGAGCCCACGCCUCUCGAGAACGUGAAGACGCCGCCCUAUUUGACAGCAGAGCCGGAGGUUACUUCUUUCGAAGUGAAGCCGGGUGACUUCCUGAUUCUCGGAACUGAAGGGUUGUGGGAAUGCUUAACGAAUGAAGAGGUGGUGGGGCUGGUUGGUAUUUGGUUGAAGAAGCAAAGCGGAGGGGUUACGGAGAGCGCAUCGUCCCCGAGUGUGAAGUCCCAACCAAUUGCCUCGCAGGAACCUCCCGUGAAUUUUGACGGUGAUACCGAGGACGCUUCAGUACGCUACCGUCAAGCGGGUGCUCAAAAGCAAUUUGUCAAUGUUGACCAUAAUGCUGCCACACAUUUGCUCAGGAAUGCACUUGCCAGUGGAGCUAAUUGUGAUCCGGCUACCGCCCGUUUCAGUAUGAAAGCUUCCAGCUCGCAUACACGCUUAGGCGACAUCACCGCUACCGUUGUAUUCUUCACAGAGGCCCAAUGAGGGACUGCCAUCGCUCUCUCAUAUGUUUCAGGUUCU